AAGACAUACAUUUAUACAUGCACUGAUGCACAACUCUUUGAGUAUCUAUCUGAUUCACAUGGAUAAGAAAGAUUCAUUUACUACGUCUUAUUCAACUCCACCACACCUCAACAGUUCCAUCUCAUGGGGACUUCCAACUCAAUCGAAUGUUCACAGUUCUGCUGUGACUGAAUCACUUAGUUUGAAGUUGCAUGCAAGAUCAAUACAUGUUCUUAACCAGGAUUCUUCUUCAACCCAGUCCACUGAUCAGUUUUCUACUGAAUUUGCAUCUAACGGAGAUGAUGAUGCUGAUAACCCUUCGAGGAAAAUCUCAUUUUCAACACAAUCAGAUGUUUGUAGUGACUUUGAAGAAGCUCAAAGGAAGGGAUUUACAAAUAAUAUAAGAUUAGUCUCCUCCUCCUACACGACAGGAAUCUCAGAUAUUCACUUUGCUCUUGGGAAGCCUAACUUCUCCUUUCAUUAUGCUGAUCCACGUUUUAGUGGUUACCUACCACAUGCAACAGUAUGGAAACCCCAAAUGGUGGGUCGAGUUCCCCUACCACUGGACUUAAUUAACAAUGAGCCUGUCUUUGUCAAUGCAAAGCAGUUCCAUGCAAUUAUGAGGAGGAGGCAGCAACGUGCAAAGCUAGAGGCUCAAAACAAACUAAUCAAAGCUCGUAAGCCGUAUCUUCAUGAAUCUCGACAUGUUCACGCUCUUAAACGACCUAGAGGAUCUAGUGGAAGGUUCCUGAACACCAAAAAGCUCCAAGAAUCUAAAGAGCCAAAACAUGACACGUCAAUCCAACAGAAGGACACCAAGGGAAACAUGUCUAGAUUCGUGGGUCACCAGUUGCAGAACAGCAAGGAGCGUUGUGGUUGUUCAGCCACAUCUGGCUCCGACAUAACCUCUGUUUCUGACGGCAUUGAUAUCUUUGGACACUCUGAAUUCCAGUUAUCAGAUUGUCCAUCUCAGACAAACCCAACAAUGUAUAAGCAUGGUCAACCAAAUGAAAUGCAUGGAGGUGGGAACACGCACAACUUCUCUGUCCAUAUCUGAGACGGUUGGAAUCUGGUGCUGUUUAUGUUCCCACAAAAGGAAAGUCAUCCUUGGCUGUUAGUUCGCUUCUUCUUGGCACUUAUUUCACGUUUUGUUGUUCAGGCAUCCCUUGAACAGUUGAACAUAUAAAGUAACCUUAAAGCUUCAGAUCUUGUUGUCUUUUGUACCAUGAAUCAUGUGUAAGUAACUCUAUUAUUGGAUUAGGAUGUGUAAGUGGCUCCCUCCUAUUCAACAGCCGCAUAUCCUCAAAACUAGACCCUUCCAUAUGAUAACUUUCACAUUCAGC